AUGAGCGAUAGGAAACCUUCGCCGGAGCUCCGCCAUGCAGCGGCCGCCGCGUGCACGGGGAAGUCGUGCCAGUCGUGCACGGCGGGGGCGAUCGCCGACUGCGUGGCGCUGUGCUGCUGCCCGUGCGCGGUGGCGAGCUGCUUCGUGCUUGCCUUCUUCAAGCUGCCGUGGGCAAUGGCGCGCCUCUGCCUGCGGUGGGGCCGCCGCCGGAGGGUGGAGGAGAGGAAAUGCGCCGCCGGAGAUGGAGAAUCGGAAAAGGCGAAAGGGGGGAUGAUUGAAAUCGAGGUGUCGGAAGCCGCCGCCGCCGCCGGAGACGUGGCGGAGGAGUGGUGGCUGGAGGUUGGGCACUUGGGUUUUGGGAGGGUUUCUUCUGCUAGGAUUAAUUUGUAUACCAAGGGUAAUUAA